AGUACUCAGUAGUAGUUGACUGUGCAUUCCGACCCACCACGCGUGUUACGCACAGUCAUUUUACAAUAAGUAGAGCGUUCCAAACUGUUGCCUGGAGUCCGGGCAAGACAGGUAGGACAGAAUCAUGGCAGUUCAGCAAAGCCAGGGGCUGGAUGUGGAAGCGUCGACUCCGAGCUACGCUACGUCGCUGAGGUCCGCUCUGGCUGACCUGUUGAGAAACAGCGGUGCAGAUCUUGAACCGAAUCAGGCGGAAUUGCUGGUGGACGCACUGCUCACGCAUGGAGGAGCAUCCGAGGAUCGUGCAGUGGACGACGCGUCGACGAGGGAGCGGACAGCGAUGACGGCGAUGAAACCUUGGUCGAAAGUGACAUGCAGCGCGUUUUGGAUGAGGAAAGUGAGGAUCUGGCACUGGGGGCACCCCCGCCGUCUGGCGGAGACGACCUGCAGGUGUCGACCGUGACGGCGCGCACACCCCGGAGCGCAGUCGCACCUCGCCAUCAUCGUCACGGGGAGCUGUUCGAUGCCAGCGAAAGCGAGCGGCAAGUACUGCUGACGAAUUCUCUAGCCACACGGCUAGGCGACGACCUCAGUGAUCAUCUGAGAGCUACGGAAUGGCUUGACAGGCAUCCGAGUGUGGGACACGUCAUGGACGAUCACCCGGAGCUGAUCGACAUCAUGACCGAGCUGAUCCGAGAGCGCCGCAGCCUUCAGCAGGCGCUGACGUCCACGCAGCACGAAAUGAAACGAAGGCAACAGGAGCAACACGAACACGUCCAGUACCUGGAAGAGCUGUCCACCGAUCAAAUCGAGAAAGCCAAGCAUGAACUAACGGUGGCGAGGCAAGCUGAAAUAUUGCAGAAUUUUGCGACUGAGAUCAAUCCCGACGAUACGGUUGACUUGAUGAGCAAGCAGCUUCAGGAAAAGGAGCUGCUAAUGCGACACAUGGUGAAUGAACAAAAUAAGCUAAAGCAACAGUUGGCAGAUAAAGAGCAGCAGCACGCAGAUAAUCUCAGGAAUGUUGAAGACGGUCAGCAGAAGCUGCUUCACGAGGUGGACGCCUUGCGGACGCAGCUUGUCGAGGUGAAGACGAGGAGUUUGCGGAGGCGCAAGCGGUUUGGUGGCGAGACGGCCUCAAGACCCAGCUCAAUGUUACUGGAACAACUAUCAAACCUGGCGAGUGAAAAGGCAGACGAGGCAGAGAAGUUGAGAAGCGAGCUCUUGUCAUUGCAGAGGAGACACCAAGACCUGACAGACAUGGAGCAACAUACACACAGAUCCGCCGUGCGAGUGCGAUCGUACGAUUACAAUUCCAUCGGCAACCGAGGUUCGGCACUGUUCGACUACGGUCUCGAUCUCCAGGACGUGGAGCACAGUGGGAGGUCUGAUGGCGGAGAUAGCUCACUUCACUUGCCGAUCCACACUGACCCUAGGUCGACCCUAGGAACCAGCAGCCUGGGUGCGAUGGACGAAGAUCAUCCCAGUGUCGUCAACCGGUUCGUGUCGCAGUUGCCUUCUGCUAACAUGGAUGUGUCGCAAACGGAUUCGUUCCGGGGGAGUACGGAACGCCUGGCAAGGCCUCCGAGUCCACUGGCACUGGACGAUGCGAAUUGUCAUGAUACGGUGGAGCGUGACAGUACGACUAGGUAUACGACUGGCGCAUCCCACGACGAACACGUUGCCAACCAUGCCGUCAUUGAGGGUGCAGCCAGCUUGAAGCAUAAACCAGUGAUCACCUUGGACACUGCGGACACGCUGCCGGCGGAUCAUGCCAUGCACCGCAGCAACCUGGUGCCAGUCGAUACAGUCAUGCUCGUUGGCCCCGACAACGACGAUGACCUCACGCCGACCGGCGAACAGCCCGGCCGGCGUUCAUCACCUGCAAGCACAUCGCUAGGAGCCGCCAACGAAACACACGACAGCGAACGCAAUGUGCUGUCAACGCCCGGUGAGCCGUCCGACUCGGAGGAGGCAGCCGUUGAACUCAAGGCAAUCUCUGCCGCACGUCUGUUUAGUUCACCGGCCGAACAUCUCAGUGGAAAAUCCAGUCACCGUGGCAACAGUGAGAUGCAGCACAGCCAUCUUAUGACGAUGCUGUCCAUCUCCUACCCAGAUCCUAUCGACAGCAUUAAAGUCUACAGGAGCAAAUCAUGCCCAAGGCUGGAGAGCAUAAUCGAGAAAGAUUCCACAGAGUCUGUGGACGGCCCAGAGAUCUCACUUGACGUGGCAGCAUCAUCAUCAUCAUUAUCAUCAUCAGCGAUUCCGAUCACUCCAGGCCCAGGGCUGAAAUCGAGCCUGAGAGUUAGCCGACAGUAUGCUACGAAUGACGACACGGACAGUGGGGAUGAUGAAAUGGACGGCAGGUUUCGUUCGCACAGCUACGGCGGACGUGGCGAGUCCAACGUGGCCAAAGUGGAGAUUUCCGCCGCCGUCUCGCGCAUCAACUGGCUGCCUGUACUCAGCCCGAGCUACCCGGUGAGGAACUCAACACCGAGAACGCCCUCGGCCGGGACUAAAUCCGUGUCAGCAACUUCCCCACAACGUCAGUUAGAUGUCCAGCUCUUCAACAUUGCCGUGGUUGGACCGUCCGGAGUUGGCAAGACCAGCUUUGUUCAUCGCUUCGGAGCAGGCACUGCAGGACAACCGGGCCCCGGGUUACCAGUAACGACGAUUGGUGUGGACUUUGUUGUGUGUACAUCAUGCGUGUGCGGAGCGGACGUCACGCUGAAGGUUUGGGACACAGCUGGUGCAGAAAGGUUCCGCAGUCUCACCAGCAACUACCUGCGACGCUGCGAUGGCAUCAUACUGAUGUUUGACGUCGGAGAUCGCAGCUCUUUCCACAGAGUGAAGUCCUGGUAUGAGCUCAUAGCGGACGUUUGCCGUGACGAUGUCGUUAUCCUUAUGCUGGGCAACAAGGUUGAUCUGGCAAAUCGCCAGGACCAGUGUCAUGCCGUGACAAUGGCUGAAGCCAUCAGCCUGGCUCAGGAAAUGAGCUCAGCUAUGUACCUCGAGGUCAGUGCCACGGAGGGUUAUGGUGUCAGCGAAUCCUGUGCCAUUAUCACAACUGCAAUGCUGGGCAGGCUGAUGGAGGAUGAGCGAAAACUGGAUCCCGGCAGCAAGAAGAUUGUGCUGGAGCCAGAGACGGAAGAGGAAACCAGUUGCUGUUCAUGAAUUGAUGGCAGGUCAUCUGGUGUUAGCAAAUAGCAAGCGAAUGUUGCAUUGAGAGUAGAAGGAACUUAACUAGUGUAAUGAUAGUCUCUGGUAGUGGCACUAUGAUUACCUAGGGGUGUGCUGCACGGCAGCUAAGGUAACAACCAAUUGCUUGUCUGCAUGCCACUGGCACACCGGCGUGUUCUGUGAGCUCGUAACCAGCGCUCUUCUUAGAUAAGCAAUCAUAUUAUUUUUGAUCGAUAUGAAAUUGUAUUGGCACGACUGUCGCACCUAGCAUUGAGCACUAAUUAUUAUGUUGACCGCCAAUGCCCGGCAUGCCUUGAAGCUAUUGAUCUUGUAGUACUGUCUUGUACUUGAAUAGUAAUUUAAAAAUAAGUGCUGCCUUGAUAAAUUAUAGUGCAUGUAUGUGCUUUUAAGAACUGCUUGUACUUCGAAGUAACUUUGCGGAGAGAGCAUCUAAGACAUUCUAGGUGUUUCAAGCGAGUGUUCAGUUCCCUGAGUACUCUCGAAUCUCUAUAGUACCAAGCUGGAAAUUUGUGCUUGAAGGAAGGACCCAGCCCAGCUACAUGUGUAUACUGAUGAGGUAUUUAUGGCCGAAACAGCAUGCUGUCUACAGCAUUGGGUAUCUCGCUCCUCGGCAUUUGUCUUGUUUCUAAGCACUCUCGGUUGGCUGAUUUGUGCUGCAGCAUUACGCAUCGCUCGCUGCCUUUCGUAGUUUGAGCACUCUGGCGCUAGAGCAAUGAGUUGUCUUUAACUUAAAAUGUCUGUGGUGCCACCUUUGCAACUCCGGCUU